GCCAAACUGGCAACACUGUCCAGAAUAAAGUUUAACAUAAUUUUGUUUAAAAAAAUUUCAAUUUAAAGCAAAAUUCUAAUUAACAAUGUACGACCAAUUCUGUUAAUCAUAGAUACUAAUACAAGAUACAAGCUGCCUCCAGGAGCAGCUGGGAAUCUCUGAAUCAAACACCGGUCCGCCUGCUAUUCGUCUAAAGGCCCUUUCUUGCCGUAUGACGAAGUCUUGCCAAAAGUGAAACCACCAACAAUAGAAAACAACUGAUUGGAAUCUCUGACUGAUAGUGCCGUAGCAUUGCUGUCGGGAGCAGGAUGCUGAUGCGCGGCGUGCAGCUCCUGCAGCGAAGACACCAGCAGGUGGGACGGGCCUUCAGCCAGUGCGCCGUGCCCUGUGAGCUCCGAAAUGUCUGGAGCCAAAGUGAGGGAAAUCUCUUCAAGCCGAAGCCCUGGAAGAGACCUGGUGUCUUCCUGCAGUUGCGAUGCAGCUCGGGCGGCAGCGAUUCCAAGAAGAAUGAGACACCUGUGGUGGCCGAUCAAGUAGAAGUGAAGCCGAAGGAGGCACCCGGUAUUAAAAUGACCAAAAAGUUAGAGGUGAAGACAACGAAGGGCAUCCUGUCCAUCAGCACCACCAUCGAGGACUCCAAGAUCAAUGAGAUUGUGUUUGAGAAAACCGAUAUGCCGGCGGUGGCCAAGCUAAAGGAGCCUGCAUUGGCCACAUCAGCUAUUAAUCUGAUGACCAAUUCGGCCGCUGCGGCGACCGCAACAGCAGCCACAGCGAAUGUCUUUGGCCCGCCUGCCGAAACUCCUGUUUUAGUUUCACCUAUCUUGGCAGGCGCUCUUACUCCCGACAAGUCAGCAGCUGGAGCUCCUCAAACGACAGCAUCAGAGGGUGCAGCUCCUAUCCCCGCGCUGCCGGCGAAGCGAGCGCGUUUCGAUUAUCGUUCCUCCCUGGAGCGCAACUUUGUGACGCCUGCCCGGGCCAUUAGCGACUUUCUGCUGACCACCGGUGAUCUUGACAGCCUACCCAAGAUCAAGCGGAGAUCGCCGUAUGAGCAGGAGCCGCCCAUGACCGUGUACUGGCGUCGCGAUGUGGAGGCCAAGGCAGUGGAGGUGUGGGGUUCCAAGGAUAAUCUGUUGCGAGAGCGACUUAAGCGAGAGGUGGAGCGCAAGCAGUACCAGCAGAAUUUGUUUACGGUGAAGCGGCGUUUGCGCGACUACCGCCGGGAAAUGGGAUCCCGAACGAAAGUGAUGAUCGAAGACAGAAAGGACUCCGAGAAGUCGGGUCAGGUGGUCGCCACCGCCAUAGCCAUAAAUGCGGCCAAUUUGCUCUUCAAGGCCGGCGGAUGGUUGUACAGCGGCUCCCACAGCAUGUUUGCUGAGGUUAUCCACUCGCUGGCUGAUCUGAUCAACCAGCUCAUUCUAGCCUUUGGCAUCUACAAGUCCUCGCAAAGUCCAGACACCGAUCAUCCGUAUGGUUACAUGAACAUGCGUUAUGUUUCCUCGCUGAUCUCGGGUGUCGGCAUCUUUUGUGUUGGCUGCGGUCUGUCUAUUUACCACGGAAUCGAGGGCAUUCUCCACCCGGAGCCCAUCACAGAUCUUUUCUGGGUGUACUGCAUCCUGAUGGGUUCACUGGUUUCGGAGGGUGCCACUCUGAUGGUGGCCAUCAAUGAGCUGAAGCGUGCGGCCAAGGUUAACAAUAUGACUUUCAAGGACUAUGUGAUUUCUGGCAAGGAUCCCUGCGUGAAUGUGGUGCUCUGCGAAGACGCCGCCGCUGUGGCUGGUGUCAUAGUUGCCGGUGCUUGUAUGGGAUUGAGCAGCUAUACGGGAUCACCCCUCUUCGAUGCCGCCGGAUCGCUCGUUAUUGGCGCUCUUCUGGGUGCUGUGGCCUCCUUUAUUAUUUACACGAAUGCUAACGCCCUGGUGGGCAUCUCCAUUGCCUCUGAGCGCCUAGAGAAGAUCAACUCUGCUUUGGAGGCGGAUGUGAUGAUCAGAGCCAUUUACGAUGUCAAGGGCAUCGAUAUUGGCAACGCUCGAGUCCGCUACAAGGCUGAGCUCGACUUUGACGGUCGGGAGCUGACGCGUUCGUAUCUGGACAAACAGGAUCUGGCCAAGCUGCUGACGACGGUUCGGGGCUUCCAAAAGGUGGAGGAUCUGGAGACCUUUCUGCUGGACCAUGGCGAAAACAUUGUGGACCUGAUGGGCGGUGAAAUUGAUCGCAUUGAAAUGAAUUUGCGGACCCAAUUCCCGGAAAUACGUCACGUGGAUCUGGAAAUACUCUAAGAGCCCUCCGGUUGCCUGGAGGCACUGUUAAGAACAUAAAGCAUUGGGUGAUUUGGUUGCUUUCUAUUAGAAAUUAUUGCCUGUCUAGCUUAUAUUUAUUUGCCAAAUUCGUACUUUUAGAAUGUAACUACAUAUGUAUGUAUAAGCUAAGCAUUAAAAGUGUAUAGCCGCGGGCUUGACAAGCGUUUCGGUGGCCUUUUGAA